AUGGAUUCAGCACCGGCGCAGGAGGUUACAGAGCUGCUAAGGCAGUGGGAGGAGCAACAUACAACCCCUAAUUAUGACCCUAUACCAACACUAACAAGAAUAGCAGAGAUCAUUGAAGCAGAGACUGAGAAUUUUAUGAAGAAAGACCCUGAUCCCUUUGAUGAGAGGCCGCCAUCACGCACUGACCCAGAAUGUGCUUUAGGACAAGCUUUAAAGGUUAUGUUUAAGAAGGACAACUUUAUGACUAAGCUUGUAAACGACUAUGUGCGCGACACAUACUAUUCCCGGCAGAACAUCACUGGGCGAGACGUAUUUAAACUGAAUGUUGCGGCUUGCCGGCUCACAUUAGACCUGAUGCCUGGGUUGGAGAUGAGUGUCGUUUUUCAGGACAAUGAGGCUUUAAUCCAGCGCCUGGUGAGCUGGGCGACAAAGUCCCCGGAGCCGCUGCAGUGUUACGCCACCGGUCUCGUCGCUGCCGCUAUGGAGGUCCAGGAGAUUGCCACUAACUUUAGGGAUUUAAACGCAAUGCUGGUUCCCCUUAUGCUUAAGAGGCUACAUGAAUUAAGAAAUAAAACGCAGGAAGAUAAACAGACAAAUCAAAAUUCGGUGACGCCGCCUAACCAGACGCGUCACUUCGCGCGAUUUGACAAGAAACGCAACAACGACAUUAAGUGCAACGGCCCUAUUGUGGACAAAAAAGACCGUGAGAAAGAUGAGGGUGGAGGAGGCGACAUGUUAGUAGACGAAACCCCUCCACAAGCAAGCAAACAUCCGGAAACACCAAUUAAAAGCUAUAACUGCGCGGUGCGGUCCCCGGAGGCGGGCGGGCUGAUGUCGCCGCCGGCGCGGCCUGCGCCGCACGCGCAGCCACCGCUGCAUGACCCCUCCUCCAACUCCAGCUGGGCCGAGAUGGAGACCUACGUCAUUGGUAACAUCCAAAUCCACCCGCCGACAGAUGCCACUAAGCAGAUGCUCAUACUUAGGUACUUGACUCCAAUGGGCGAAUAUCAAGAGUUCCUAUCACACGUGUUCGAGCAGAACGCCCUAGGUUUGAUCCUAGGCUAUCUGAAUGUACGGGAGUCUCGUGAUUCGAGACUUGCGUUCGAAGCCCUGAAGUACCUUGCUGCACUACUAUGUCAUAAGAAGUUCUCUAUAGACUUUAUCAACGUGGGUGGAUUGCAGAAAUUUCUAGAAGUGCCACGGCCGUCUGUGGCGGCUACGGGCGUUUCGAUCUGCCUGUACUACCUCGCGUACUGCGAGGAUGCCAUGGAGCGGGUUUGCCUGUUGCCACGCGCCACGCUCGCCGACCUCGUCAAAUAUGCGCUGUGGCUUCUGGAGUGCUCCCACGACUCGGGCCGCUGCCACGCGACCAUGUUCUUCGGGCUGUCCUUCCAGUUCCGCGUUAUAUUGGAGGAAUUUGAUAAUCAGGACGGGCUCCGAAAGCUGUAUAACGUGAUCUCUACGCUCCCGAUCCUUGGAUCCGACGAGGAGGAAUCUCGCGUGUCGGAAGACGAGACUUGUGCGGCGCGGCAGAUUGUCCGCCACGUCUGUGUUGCGCUUCGGAGGUACCUAGAAGCACAUUUAAGGCUACGAGCGGCGCAAGUUGCCCGGCAACAAGGCAACAAUGUUCCAGAGCCACCACCUUAUAAGGCGUCCAAGUCCUCCCCAGAGGAGAUCCAGGAGCAGAUCGAGUUGCUGCAGACCGUAACGUGGUCGCGCUGGGCGCCCGUCGACGAGUUUCUGGAGCUGGGCGGCGUCGCGCUGCUGCUGCAGGUCGUCGGCUACGCGUACGAGUGGAACUUUAACGGCAGGGCGGAGACUGUUCGCUCUGCGUUGGACGUGAUCUCUGUUUGCUGCGUGGCGCCUCGGGUCCAGCUGCUGCUCACGGAAAAGAUCGACAUGCGGGACGCGGACCUCACCACUGGGGUCAACAUUGUGCUGGGCGCAGCGGAUGGGGAGAUAGUACCGGAGCCGGAAGUGCAAAAAGCGGCCCUCAACGUUCUCGUCAACUGUGUGUGCGCGCCCGUACAUAGGGCCGGUACGUCGACGACGCGGUUCUCCCUAUCGAGCUCCAGUAAAAAGAAGACAGCGCUGAAGUCUUAUGAAGACGUCAUACAGAAAGUGUGGGAGAGCGUGCGCACGAACAACGGCAUUAUGGUGCUGCUGUCGCUGAUGCUGGUGAAGGCGCCGAUCACGGACGCGGACCGGCUGCGCGGGCUGGCGUGCCGCGCGCUGGCCGGCCUGGCGCGCUGCCCCACCGUGCGCCAGAUCAUCUCCAAGCUGCCGCUCUUCACCACCUCGCAGAUACAAGCGUUAAUGCGCGAUCCAAUCCUCCAGGAGAAGAGACAGGAGCACGUGAUGUUUCAGAAAUACGCUCUAGAGCUGCUCGAACGGGUUUCAGGCAAGAGUAAACACAUGGGUGCCGAAUUUGAGACAUCAUUAGCAAAUAUACAUAAAGCGAACGUGGUGGCGCAGACGCGCAUCAACUACAACGAGCGGCAGCUGCUGCAGCUGGUGGCGGCGCACCUCGCGGCGCGCGGCCUGCGCGAGAGCGCGGCGGCGCUGCAGCGCGAGGCGCGCCUGCCCGCGCCCGCGCCGCACGUCGCGCCCGCGCCCCCGCCGCCGCCCGUCUACACGCCCUCCACGCCCACCAGGCCACGUCUGUCCGUCACGCGUAACAGCAGCACCAGUUCGUUACACCGCGACAGCAUCGACUACAACCACCAAAGUAUGAACGUGGACAGCGACAGUCCCCUACCGCUGGUCAUAAAACUCAGAAAAGUACAAAACAGCACAUCUAGUGGUCCACCUGCGGAACACAAACGCUCCUUACAGAAGCAAUUGAGUGUGGUGGGAGGGGAGAGGGCCCCAUCACCUCCGCGCGUCACUCUUCACUCCAUCAUCACAGAGUACCUCUACAACCAGCACGCGCUUUGCAAAAACCCUGUUGUAACAUGUCCGCAGUUCAAUCUGUUCGAGCCGCACAAGUGCCCGGAGCCGGCGCGCGGCGGCACGCUGGCGGCGCUGGCGCUGGGCGCGCGCAGCGGCGCGGACGCGGGCAGCGUGUGCGCGCGCGAGCUGCGCCGCGAGCUGGGCGCGCCGCCCGCCCGCCGCGCCUACUCGCGCCUCGUGCACGCGCACUUCGCGCCCGUGCGCACGCUGCGCCUGCAGGACGACGACUCCUUCUUCACGCACACCAUCUUCCACCCAACACAACAACAAUUGCUUGCCGCGACUUCAUCCGGCGACAUCCGGAUAUUCAACCUGUUCAGCGGUGCGGAAGAGAAUUCCUAUCAAGUUCAUGAAUCUUAUAUAUACCAUAUGCAAGCGAGCAGAGACGGUCUACUAUUGCUGGCGUCUGCGACGACAACAUGGCGGCCGCUUUCCGCGCUUUGGAAUAUGAAGGAGUUCGAACAACUCAGCUUCCAGCUGGACAACGAGGAGUACGUGGAGUUCUCGAAGAUGUCGGACGAGCGCAUCAUCGGCACCAAGGGCGAGACGGCCACCGUGUUCGACACGCGCACGGGCCGCGAGCUCAUGACGCUCACGCCCGCCAUCAGCAACCAGUACGCCAAGAACCGCGCCACCUUCAACCCCACGGACGAGCUCGUGCUCUCGGAUGGCGUACUAUGGGAUGUAAAUACUGGCAAGGAGAUACACAAAUUCGACAAACUGAACCAAACGCACAGCGGCGUCUUCCAUCCCAAUGGUCUUGAGGUGAUUUCAAACACUGAAGUGUGGGACUUACGGACGUUCCAUCUGCUCAGGACUGUGCCGACUUUGGAUAAAUCAGAGGUGAUCUUCAACCCGACGUGCACGGCUCUGUACGCAAUCUGCUCGGAUCAGGACUCGGAAGAACGCAGCCAGUUUGACACGAGUUUUAAGACCCUCGACCCGUACGAUUAUUCAAGUAUAGCAACGAUCGACGUGAAGCGCAACAUCUACUCGCUGAGCGUGUCGCGGUACGGCACGCAGAUCUCGCUGGUGGAGAACAUGGGCGACUUCGAGCAGGUGCAGGAGUCCUGGGUCAAGCUGUACGACGUCGGCCGCCGCCGCGACCACGACGACGACGCGGAGGAGGAUGAAGAGGAGGAAAUGGCUGGCGGAUCUGAAAAUGACGACGGAUCUGACUCCGGCUCGGACAAUGACGAUGACUUGGCGACAAGCUUGCUGCGCAACGCAGUGAUGGGGCUGGCGGAGGGCGGCAGCUCGGGCGACGACUCGGCCGACGACGCGGACGACGUGCGCCCCAGGAGAGCCGUGCGCACGCGCAGGCGGGCACAAGCAGCGGAAAAUAACAGCAGCGACAGUGACGGCGAUCUCGACAUAAUAGAGUUCGACAUCGACUAG